GUGUGAUGUCUUGAUCAAUCACAUGAUUUUUCUGGCCUCUUAAGCUGCUUCCAAUUUGUCACUUGCAUCUUCAGAGUUUUGUUAAUAUCCAGCUGCCUUCAGGCUGCAGCACGCACAGGACUGGAGGACAUCAGAUAACCAAGGAGUGAGCAGAGAGGCUACUUGAGGCGCCCAACGCCCCCCUCUCCACACACUUGGGCCCCCUCCCCCAUCACCUCUGGAGUGUUACCUCACAGGCCGUGGGUUCCGCAGUAUCCUGGAGUUUAAGGUCCUAGAGUCUGAAGGAUCCUCAGGAGACUGUCUUCUCCCUGAUGGUGUGCAGAUGGCAAAAAUGAGUGCAGUUGUGAUCCUCUUUUCUGUUCUCCUCCUGGACGGCGGGCUGGGUGGAGAGCCCCAUCCUUUCCCCCUGAUGGAAGAUUUGAAUAAUACAUUUUCUUCAAGUUCAAAAAAUCUAGAAAAAGAUUUUGCUAACAUAUUUGAUGAGAUUCUCCUGCAGGUGCUUUCCAAAGACCCAUACUACACCAGUUUGGUUGAAGGAGGGACCGCAAUCACCAGGAGCCUCUUGAAUGAAAAUGAUCUCCAGGAAAGCAACUUGAAAACUCCUGAAUUUACAUCAAGUUCAAAUGAGAAAGAUAAGCAUUUGGCUAAAUUAUUUGAUGAGAUUCUCCUGCAGGUGCUUUCCAAAGACCCAUACUACACCAGUUUGGUUGAAGGAGGGACCGCAGUCACCGGGAGCCACUUGAAUGAAAGAGCCCGUGAUGUCUGGAAUUCUCCCAAACCAGAAUAUUUUCCUGGCACUGUGUAUCAAAUCUCAGAAAACGAUCUCAUUGCAGGAAAGAAGAAGGAUAAACAAUCCUCUCUGUUCCACAGAGCUGUCACUGAGCUGUCACUGACUACUGUAGAUACGGAGAGUCUUCAUGGAACAGUUAGUCAAGACGCUCGCAACAGGAACCUGCCGUGCGGGCCACUUCUGCACUUCCUGCAAAAGAACAUCAUCGUUGCGGCCCUCGCAGCGGUGGCGAUCCUCGCGGUCAUCGUGCUGUUGCUGUUCAUGUUGGCCACGUACAUCAGGAGGAAACAGCCUAUACAUCCUCCAGCCCAUAUGACGUACAACAUUUUUAUAAUGAAUGGAAAGACGUGGUGGCAGAAAUCUCCCGAAGCGGAUAUCAGAAAAAUCGUAGAGAAACAGAAACAGUUGAGGCCCGAUUCCUGUGCCUAAGCCACGUCAAGGGGCCAGCCAAACCAGGACUCAGAACCAUGCCGCGAGGAGAUUCUGGAUCCAGACACCAUGGAGAGGCCACUGCAUUUCUGGCUGCGAGGAGGUGUAUUCUACAGAAAUGUGUACCUUCUCUUCCCGACCUUGGAUGUACCGAGAACGAGGGCCUCCUCACCCCAGGCUGCCUCUGGUGACAUGGCCUCAUGACCAGUGCAGGAGACUUCGCACAUUUACCCAGAGGGGAAAAAAAAAAUGACAAACGAUGAGAGAUUGACUCAUUUCAUGAAGCACGGAUUGAUUUGUCCAGUCAUUCACUGCAGAGGGAUUAACUGAGCACCUAUUAGGUAGACAACAUCCAAAUACAACGUGGUACUCCCAGAGAAGCCAGGUCUGGGGCCUUCACAGUGGUGGAGGAGAACAGGGCCCCACCAAAUCCCUUUUACCCUUUUCAAGUAGAAAUAUACAAAGAAAUGGA